ACCGGCCAAGAUGGCGGCGUCCGUUGGCGCCUAGUCCCGUCUGUACUGUUGCUACUUCAUUUCUGCUAUUGCAAAAAUAUGAUCCGAACGGCCGGUGGAGGGUGGACAUCGGAAGGAUGAGUCGGCGGCGGAAAUAUGGGGACAGCCCCUCCCUCAAGAACACGCCUCGCCCGACGGUGGCGGCCGAAGACGGCAGCUGGGUGGCCGAGCCCCGGCGGCGGCGCCUGCGAUCGUCCCGGGGCUCGGCGCUCAGCCCGGCGGGAGCGGCGCCGCCCGGGUGUGCGGUGGCCGAGGGUGAGGCGAGGGCCGCGGGUGCCCGGGCCCGGCGCGGCCGCCCCACAGCACGGCCGUGCCCCGCCGAGUCGGGGGGCGGCGGGAGCUGCGCGACCCCGGGUCCCAGCGUGACCCCCCUGCGGCCCCCACGGCCUCGGCGUGACCCCACGCCGCCGCCCCCCAUUGUGAGCACGGCGGGGCCUGGCUUCCGCUCGUGGCUACCGGGGGUCUUCUCGGCAUGGUCCCGCCCCGUCCCGAGAAACCGGAAGUGCCGGGGUGUCCCCUUCUCAGAGUGGGGUCGCUUAGGGCCCUUUUCAUCCUCCGGGGUGUGUGGUGGUCCACUUAAAUGCAAAAGAUAUGAAACGCCAGGGAGAGUGCUGAAAGUGGAUAUAUUACCUUGUACCUUCAAUUCUCCAACGGAUCCAGAUGGACAGAACGAUAUCUUUUGGGAUCAGAAUUCUCCAUUGACAAAACAGUUAGGCAAAGGAAGAAGAAAACAGAUUUACAUCACAGAUACUGAUGAGAUAUCACAUAUUGUUAAUCGUAUUGCUCCUCAGGAUGAAAAACCAAUAACAGACUCCAUGCUGGGUGUGUGGAUUGGUGAAACUGCUAUUCCUUGUACUCCUUGUGUAGCAAAAGAAAAAUCAAGAGGAAAAAGCAGCUGCACAAAGUUAAGAACAGAAAAUCGAGAAAAAGAACUUAUGAAAUUAGCCAAACAAUUUGACAAAAAUAUGGAAGAGCUAGAUGUGAUUCAAGAGCAAAGCAAAAAGAAUCAUGAUUUUAUACAGACAGCUUCUGAAAUGGAGACUUUAUAUAAACGUGAAGAUCAUAUAAAGUCAUUAUGUGGUACAAUUCCCAAAGCAGAUAAUGCUAUAAUAAAGAAAGCAGUAAAUGAAAACAUCAGGAUACCUGUGGAAAAUGAUCAAAACAGCAGUCAGAAGCCAUUUGACCAAAAUGCUGAAGCAGCCUUAAAUGCCAUUUUUGAUGGUUCUACUCAGAAAUGUAGUGGGCAGUUGAGCCAAGAUAUGUCAGAGGCUCUUGUGAACAAUAAUAUUACUUGUGGAAAGCAAUGUGCUUCGAGAGAGGAAAAAAUUACUAAUGAAACGUUGGUCAAAGAAAAACUGCUAAAUAAAAUCCCAGUAUCACUUAUUUCUAAGGUAGAUGUUCCCAAAAUGACAAAAUCAUAUGUGACUCCCUCUUCUGAGGAUCCAAAAGUUUCUAAUAAAUACACUGGUGUGUAUUCUGCUAGUGAUUUUGAGGAUGAUUGGGAAAGUUUACUGGGUAAUGAACCUUUUGUUAUGCAGAAUGUUGAGAUGCUUGAACUCUUCCCUUCUAAAACUGCCCAGGUUACCGAUUCUAAGGGAACUUGUACCUUUAUUAGUAAAAAUGAUAAAACUAUGGCAAGAAGGAAUAUAAAUCUGGAUGCCAGAUUAAAAGAUUCAAAAUUAUUACAAAACCUUCCUUCAAAGACACAUAACAGAGAACUAAUAGAGUCUGGCAAAAAUAGAUUUUUACUAAAUCCAAACAAUCAAGACAAAAUUCAAGAUUGUGCAGUUGCAUCUACUCUGAGCCAAGUAAAAGAACAUGGAGCCACUAACUACUCUUCUAAUGGACAUGCUUCUGAAAAGAAGUCUGCUUUGAACACAAGAUACCCUAGUGAACAGAAAAACAUUUUUAAUCAUUCAUUUAAAGAACCUAUUGAUUCUUUUGGCUCUGCAGCUUUGAAUAAUGAAACUAAUAUUAGUCACCCAAAUCAGACUAAUACAUCAUCAAAGCUGAGUUCUUUCUUUGAUGAUUGGAAUGACCCAUCUCUUACCAAUGAACUUAUUAAAGCAUGUCAUCAGUUAGAAACUACCUGGGAAGCAGAUGAUGUGGAUGAUGAUUUGUUAUAUCAAGCAUGUGAUGAUAUUGAAAGAUUAAGUCAGCAACAAGAGAUAAUAAAGGACAACAAGAUGUCAGAAAGUAUUAAAAUCAAUAAUAGUUCCAGACAUGGUGCCAGAAACAUGUCUGUUACAUCUAAACCAGGCAAUCAUUUGGUGCAGUCAAAACAUUUGGGCAGCAUGUCAGUGCAAACCUCUUCAGUGAACAGUUUGCAAAUAAAUAAAUCAAUGAAAAUGGAGAAAAGGGAAAUUUGUGUAAAUUCUCCAUAUUUAUUGAAUGCUACAAAUCUGACUAGGUGCUCUGAGAACUUAAGAAACAAUUAUGAGAUCAAUAAUCUGUGUGGCUCUUGGAGUAACACUGGUAUUCCAAUACAAAUGAAUAAUUCCAAAUCAGGUCAUACCGAUAGUUCAACUUGGAAUGUGAGUUCAGAUCAUACAGGGACAGAAAUUUCUACUAAUAAAAAAUGGAAUACUAAGCAGCUAUCUCAUUGGACCAUAACAGAUGAAGCUUAUAAUGGCAUUAACAAACCUGCAAGAUCAUCAAAGUUUACAUUUACAAAGAAGAAAAACUCUCAGAUUCCUUCUCAAUUUAAUCAAAAUUGUAUAGCACAAAGUAUGUCUGCUACCAAAACUACACAGAGUUUGGAGAAAAGGAGAACUGUCAACUCAUUACUUGGAGAGCCUGAUUGGCAGCAGACAUUGGAACUUUCUGGAACUUUGAAACAUUCUCCCAAAGAGGAAGAGGAGAAAAAUAGAAAGUAUUCUCCUGAAGAAAUUCAGAGGAAAAGACAAGAAGCCCUGGGUCGGAGAAUGGCCAAGUCACAGGCAUCAUCUGUAAACUGAGCUCCCACUUAAUUUCUUUAAUGAAAUAUUGAUUGGAAGACUUUUGUUGAUGACUAUCUAUGAUAGGAAAUACUUUAUUUUUUUCUGGAUUUCUCUAUGAGAAAUGUAAUGCUGACUUUAUAAAGUUUGGACUUUAUUAUUUAAUAAAUCAGUAUUUACAAUGAAAAUGAAAGCUAAAUUCCUUGGAUAUAUACGUGAAAGCAAUUAUAUGUAAGUUUUGGAAAUUCAGACAAAUUAACAAUUAUGUACUGAGAUUAUACAGGAGAGAGUUUUUAAAAUAUGAUUUGCAAAGUAUCAUAAAAAAAUAGAUAAUGUGCUUCAUUUUCUGCUUUAAUGUUUUUCCCCUAUAUAAAAUCUCAACCAAAUUAGGAAAGACUAUUUUUAUAGUUUUAUUUUCAAUAACUGUUGCUAUUAUAUUUGUACAUUAUUGAAUUUUAAAUUAAUAUUUUUCUAGGAAAUUCUUGGUAAGAACUUAAGUUUAUUAGUAUGCAAAUUUAUAUUUUCAAUUCCUAGUCAGAAGAAGAUUAAUUUCUAAAAUUAAUACUGUUUUUGAAAACUGGAUUUAGAGAAAAUACUGAUGUAAAAUAUCUAGUUUAGAAAAGGAAGAUAAAAUAUAAGAUAUCUAGUUGAGAAGUAGUGGAUUAGCUAUAUAGUAGAAUCAUUAACAUUUAGACUUAGCAGAAACUUCAGAUAUUAUCUGAACCAAUCUCUGAAUUGUGUGGGUGAGAACACAUUUUGAUUUUUUUUCAAAGUAAUAGCAGUUAAAGCAGUACUGUAUUAGAAUAAUGUUUCUGAACACCUAGAUAAUUAAACCAUUAGCUUCCAUGUAUUAAUGCAUAAAAUAUUUUGAUGGAAUAUUAAUUAUUUUAUAGAAGAAUUAUAAAACCACAUUAAUAGCUAUUGAACAUUUGCUCACUAUUUCUUGCUUUAUUUAAAGGAUUAGUAUUUCCAAUAUUCAGCAUGGGAGUCUCUUUAGUUUUUCUGUAACUGCAAUUUUCCUUUUAAUUAAUUUUCUUCAAACCUUUUUCUUUCUUGCCUAUUUAAAAUUUGAGGAGCCCAUAAUAGAAGUCUUAACUAGAGGGCAUUAAUAAAUAUGCAGUAUUCUUUCUAAAUGGCUUAGAGAACUAUAUGAAACAC